AUGAACAAUAAUAGUUAUAAUAAUGAUAAUAAUAAUAAUAAUAUAAAAACAUUUGAUAGUUAUUUACAAAAGAGAAUAUUUAUAGAAUUAUUUAAUGAUAAACUUUAUAGCUUCAAAUGGAGGUUAUCAUUGAAUUUAGUUUCAAAACGAUGGUUUGAUUUCAUGAAGAGUGAACUAUUUAUUUCAAAGAUAAAAGUUAGAUGUGAUUAUCCACAAAUUAUACUAAAGAAGAAUACAGUAACUUCGAAAUCAAAUAAUAACAAGACGGAUCUACUUCACCUAUUAAAUAAUCAAUUUUGUAUUCUUAGAUAUUGUAAAUUUUUAAAUAUAAAUGUUGGAGGUUGUUCUUCAUCCUUCAGCAAGUAUCUCACUAUUCUUGAUAGAGUAUUCAGUGCUGAUUUUCUAAUAGCUACAGCUACCUCAACAACUACAACUACAACUACAACAACAACUACUUCAACUACAGAUAAACAGCAACAACAAUUUCAAUAUGAAAUUUGUUUUCAGAUUGGUGACACCAAUAAAAUAAGUAGUGACUCUAUGUUUGAGUUGUGUAGAUUUAUCAAUCGACACAAUCGAUCGAUUUCGAUUGUCGGUGAUUUCAGUUUUCCGCUUUGCCAGACAUUUCUAGAGAAUAUCAAUGUUCCAUUCAGAUCGCUGUCUACUUUUGAAAUGGUGGAAUCGCUAGCCGACCAACCCACCAGAGAAAAGAUAUUCAUUCCGGGUGUUGAGUCGAUCGGUUGUUUCUCAAUGGAUAAACUGAACCAAGAUAUUCCCUUGGAUUUCGCCAACAGCCUCCGGAGUUUCAAAUAUUACAACAUCGACAGCUCAAUUGUUCGAGAGUUACAAUUCCUUCAGCAAUGUAGUCAGCUCACCAAGCUUUUCAUCUACAGAGAAACAUCCAUUUGCUUGGAGUCGAUCUUGCAAUUCAUCAAUGGUUGUCAGACUCUGCGCUCGGUACAUCUCCACUUGGAAAUAACAGAUUCUAUUCUGUCGGCGAUACUACUGAAUCCAAACAUCAAGAAGUUAGACGUUGCCAAAUCCACUGAUGAUGAUUGGCCCGUGGAAAUACAUGACCGACUCAAUGCCAAAUAUAGUCAACUAUCACCAGCUGUGGACUCAAUCACUAAAUACUGUUGCCAAUACAACACUUCAACACAUAAAACUUGGUGUUUCAACGCUCAAACAAUUGUUGAUUCAGAUCCACCUACACUCAUUGUCGUUCUGAGAAAAUCCGAACAUUUCAGAUUAGAUGGAAUUGCAUCGAAAAUUAAAGUGAAUCCUAUAAAUAAUAAUUUCUUUGUGAAAAUCAAUCACGAUUCUAUACAAAAAGAAAAUGUUGAACCAAAGAAAGAAACAAGUUUUAAAAAAGCUAUAUCUUGUAAUAAAUUUACAGUCCUAUUUCCAUAA